CAAUAUUUGACAGUUCAAAGAAUAAAAAUGAAUUGAAAUUUGUGAUAAAGAUCAAGGACAAAGCUUUCGUAAUUAAUUAAUCUUAAUUAAAGUAUGAUUAUCAUUAACAGCAACCAAUUAAGUUAUCGGUAUCUUAUGGGGUCUGAUUCUAACCUAGAAUUAAGGGUAAGAUCAUUUCUUACCGGGCUUUCUGCAUAUGCAAUUGUUCUUUCAGGAACAUAUUUUGCUCAAAAACCAUAUCUCAAACGUCUGCCAUAUAAAUUAAGAGGAAGUGUAGUUGUAGCAUGCUUGGUAGCUUCUGUAGCAACUUACGGGGUUCAGUCGUUCAAUAAAUACAGACUAGGACAGAAAUUGAAAAAUGAUAUAAGUUGCAAAGUGGAAUCUAAAGAACAUAAUGUUUAAAAGAGCAUUUGUUUUGCUAAAUUGGUCUCAGUUUUGGGCUCCAAAACCUGUGCUUUGCGUACCGCCAUUACAUAUAAGAAAGUUUAGUGUUAGUAGGUUAUUAAAUAAAAAAUAUAUAAUAGAUAAUGAUGAUGAAGAAGAUGAACAAGAGCAGGAAAUUAUCCAUGACAGUGAAUAUGAAGCCAUGACAUCUGAUUUAUUAACAAGAAGAACAGCUUCUAAUAAUUGUUUUGUUAUUCAACCUUAUGUAAAAUGGGGACCAUCUAAAUCAGAUGAAUCGCCAGAAUUGAAAUUAUCGGAAGCUGUUGCUUUAGUGAAUUCAAUACCAGAAUGGAGUGUUGCACACAAGAUAACUGUGCCUUUGGAGACCUUAAAGAAACAUACACUUUUUGGCAAAGGAAAAAUGAAAGAAUUGCAAGAGCUGAUACAAAAAUUUCAAAAGCAACAAAAUAAGGUGACUUCAGUUUUUAUAAGCAUAGGUACUUUGAAAUAUGUUCAAAAACGUUAUCUUGAAAAAAUGUUGAGGUUGCCCAUUUUGGAUAGAUAUUCAAUGGUCCUACAAAUUCUGAGAUUGCAUGCAGUAAGUAAGGAAGCACAAUUGCAGGUUGCUAUGGCUGAGUUACCCUAUGUAUGGUCUCAUGUUAGGGAUAUUGAUCCAAAUGAUUAUGUUGGUGAUUUAACAGAUUUACAUCAUCGACUGAAUGGACGAGAAGCUAAAUUGAGCAGAGCUCUGCAGAAAGUUAGGCAACAUAGACAUUUAUUACGAAAGCAGAGGUUGCAAUUAAAUUUUCCUACUAUUGCAGUUGUUGGCUAUACUAAUGCUGGAAAAACGUGCCUAAUAAAAGCAUUGACUGGGAGUGAUUCAUUGACACCCCAAGAUAAAUUAUUUGCUACAUUAGACAUAACGGCACAUGCUGGAAUUUUACCAGGAAAUUUGAAAGUUAUAUACAUGGAUACUAUAGGAUUUAUGUCUGAUAUUCCAACUAAUCUAUUGGAAUGUUUUCAAGCCACGCUUGAAGAUGCUAUGAUUGCUGAUGUGAUAGUACAUGUUCAAGAUUGGUCUCACCCUGCUCGAACUUUUCAAAAAGCCCAUGUUGAAAAAACAUUAGAAAGGCUACUUUUACAUAAUCCAGAAAGCGAAAAACUUUUGAAUAACAUGAUUACUGUUGCUAAUAAAAUAGAUCUUUGUCCAGAAGAUACAGAUAAUAUUGAGGAAAAAAUUCUACCAAUUUCUGCUAAAAGACUAUUGGGUUUAGAUGAACUAAAAGAUAAAAUUGAAGAAAAAUUAUUACAAGUAACUAGGAGAAUGAAAAUUGACAUGCGUGUUCCCAUGGGGGGUCCAGAGUCGAGCUGGUUGCAUAAACAUGUUGCAGUAACGCAUACAUAUGCAGAUCCAAAUGAUAGUCAAUAUUUAAUUAUGAAUGUUAUAAUCACUGAAUUACAAUUCACUAGAUUUAAAAAUAUAUUUAUAAAAGGACCAAAAGUUGGAUAGAUCUAAUUUUAGAUAGUAUAACGAAUGUGAUAGUUAAAUCAAAGAUGCCAUAAGAAAGGUUACCUAAUAAUAUG